AUGGUUACCAACAAACUUCUUUUGCUUUCGCUCUUUGCCCUCGGUAUUCAAGGUCUUGCCCUUCCUGAUUGGCUUCCCGGGUUCCCUGGACAAGGCGGGCCGGGAGGGCCAGGCGGACCAGGAUUUCCUGAUCCUGGUCCUCCUGGAGGCAACUCUCCAGGCUGGCCGGGAUCUCCUGGAUUUCCGCAGCCUGGCCCUCCAGGUGGAGGACCACCAGGAUGGCCUCAACCAAGCUUUCCAACUUGGCCCAGCAUCCCAGUUACCACAACUACAACCUUCAAGACAACAAAGUCACGCCCAACGACAUCUAGCACGAACUCUCCCACGACAUCCAUAACCACAAGCUCCACGCCAACCACAACGUCAACAACUCUGUCAACUACAACUACUACUACCACUACCAGUUUCACGGCUACUUCUACAACGACCACCACCACCACAACGCCUCCUACAACAACCACUACCACUACCACCACCACCACCACCACUACUACUACUUCUACCACUACCACUACCACCACUACCACCACUACAACGACUACCACUACUACUAGCUCCAACAGCUGCCCGACUCCGACUCUAGCAAACGGUGGAUUCGAGGACAGCACUACAGACAUAGACCCUUGGGUGUACUCUGCCUUUAACCCCGGGAUUACCCGCACGGUUGCGACAGCAGGCACUGGUAUAUUUGUCCCGCAUUCCGGCAAUAACUAUUUGCAAUUGACAAACACGGGUACUUCGCCAGUGGAAGCCCGAAUCGCGCAGUCCCCCGAAUUCUGCAACGGAGCGGAUUACACAAUCUCGCUCUGGGCCAUUGGCGACUGCAACGGCGCGGGCUCGUGUGCCGGCUUUUCGAGCGUGCGCGUCCAGAUUGUCACCAACAUUGGCUUCAGCACGGAUUUCACCCUCUCUAACACGGGACCAUCAGACUGGCAGCAACUCACGUACACGUUCACAUGGACCGGCGGUGACGGGCUUUCUCCCGUCCUGAUCGAUGUCUUUAUGGAUGACAAUGCGGACUCAAUCGCUCUGGACGACAUCAAUAUCGACUUCGCUUGA